AAUUCAGUUCAGGGUUUUCAUUCAACGGCCUCUACUUUUUUGGCGACGAGCAAGGUGAAGAUUUUUGGAAAAUCGUACCUUUUAAAGUUGAUUUGCUUUGAAGGUGCUGAGCCACAAUGGAAGAUUCAGAGAAGAGAAAACAAAUGUUAAAAGCAAUGCGCAUGGAAGCUGCUGCACAGGACGAUGGUUCUACAGGGCCUGAAACCUCUAUGAACACAAGUCACCUUUCAAAUCCGUUGGCUGAGACAUCCACUCACCAGCAAGAAUCAUAUGAAACGCCAAGGUUUGAUUAUUACACCGACCCGAUGUCUGCUUAUUCUAGCUUCAAGAGAAACAAGACUCCUAAGCAACAACACAUCUCAUCUCCUAGUUGUCAAAUCAGCCCUCCAGUACCGCCGUUUCCACCGUCUGUUCCAGGAUCGUUGGGCUGUGACUAUCAGGCACAUGCCAAUCAUGCCGGUUUUCAAGGACCUCAGUAUGAAGGUGAUAAUCUGCAUACGGUACCUAGAGGAAUGGCACCCUCACACAGAGGUUCACCCGUCGCUUGGAAUAACAACUUUAGGCCUCCACCAGUUAACCAUUUAGGCCCACCUCAAUGGGUUCCUCGCCCUUUUCCAUUCUCUCAAGAAAGUCCUGAUAUGGGGAAUAAUAGAUUUAAUGGUCGAGGCAGCUACAACUAUACCGCCCCACAAUAUCCCAAUUACGGACGACAAAAUUCUAACUGGGUUGGAAACACAUAUCCUAGCUCAGGAAGAGGCAGAGGCCGAGGAGGACGCGGUAUAAACACAAGCUUUGGGAGAGAUGGAGGAAGAAGACCCAUGGAACUAGGUGCAGAACGAUUUUACUCCAACUCCAUGGCUGAAGAUCCAUGGAAGUAUCUUAAGCCAGUCUUAUGGAAGAGCUGCUCAGAUGGUGCUAGCAGCAACUCAACAGGUCAAGCCAAUUCUGUAGCACCAAAGAAACCUAUGAUCUCAGAAGCUUCCCACACGCCUAGCAAAAAUCAACAGAGCCUUGCUGAGUACCUUGCUGCUUCUCUAGAUGAGGCUACGUGCGAUGAGCCAAGCAAUUGAUCAGGAAAAUUUGUGCUAUAAUAGAAAACACCAAAUCCAAGCAUCUGGAGUACCAUCGAAUAAAUAUAUACAUUUUUUUUUGGCUCCCUUCAGAUUCGGUUAAAAAAUGACUUUGACCAUAUUAAGAUUCGGUUUACUUUUCUGUUCGGUUAUUUCGAUUUGGUCAUGGAUCGAGUUGAAUACGUUUGGCUAUAAAACAGGUGCACAUAUUAACUGAA